AUGCGAGCGCGCCAACGGCUGCGGCGGGCAUUCACCCAAUGGACCUUGCGAACAUCGGUUGGAUGGAUUGCUGAUGAGGUCAUCUUGAAAGGAUUGCAGGAUGCCUACGUGAAUGGCUCAGUAAACAAUUGCAACUGCCGAAAGGCUGAGAAGUUGACUGUGGUGAUGGAAGACCCAGACAAUGCGUCUCUGGAUGAUGAUGGUAAUGAUGGCGCGUCAUCCUGCUCGGAUAUGGGUCACGACGAUGUGCUGCCAGAGUCUAUUGAAGCUGACGAAGAAAUUCGUCUCCAUAUUCUUGGCCUCUCCAGCUACUAUACAUCGGUGAUUGAGUGCAACUUUGGGGCCAAAAUAUCUUUGCUUCCGACCAGGUACCUUCCGCCAGGGAGCAUCAGGCUCCUCUACUGGCAGUUCAGGGUGGUUGGCUCUGGUUGCAGCUACCUCCAUUUUUGGAGAGUAUUCAGAGAAGGGUGGCACAACGUGCUGCGAUUUCAGUCGCCCAGCAACCACGGUCAAUGCGACGACUGUGCAGAUUACAAAGAAUCCUUUGGCCGAUCUGCACAAGCUGACUCCGAUCAGCAUCGGUACGAGGUCGCCCGAGCCUAUAAAGAUCACAUCACAGCAGUCGGCCGUGAUAGAGAGCUGGAGACCUUCCUUCAAAGCCAACGUCCCCUGGCAAGACAGGGGAAGCGACGCCGGCGCCGGAGCGAUGCGGACGAGCCGUCCACGCUCGGCACUGACGGCGAGGACGAGCUGUUUGGAGCGCAUCCGGAGGAAGAACGCGAAAUACGCUUUCCCACUGUGGAGCAGCAAAUGGCCUUUGAGAAGCUUUGUCGCGAGGAUGAGGAGAGGCGCGCCGCGGCGCGCCGCGCCGCGACGGUCAAAGAGGUGAGGAUUCGAGCGGCACUGCACCGUGGGGCCGGAACCAGACACCCGCAAUGA